AUGCCUAGUGCUGUUCAAAUGGGGAUAUGGAUACAUGACAUGGUAAGGAGGAAUGGAUGGGAAUUGUAUGUGAUUUUUGGGACGGAGUUGAUUGAUAUGUAUGUCAAGUGUGGGAGAGUGGAAGGUGGGUGGAUAGUUUUUAGUUAUAUGAAUGAAAAGAAUGUGUUUACUUGGAAUGUUGUUAUUAAAGGGCUAGCUUUGGCUAAGAGUGGCGAGGAGGCUAAUUUGUGGUUUAAUAGGAUGGAGUUUAAUGGAGUUAGAGCAGAUGAAGUGACAUUGGUUACAGUUCUUUCGGCGUGCAGUCAUUCGGGUUUGGUGGAUAAGGGUCAAUUGAUAUUUAGUAUGUUGGUUGAUGGAAAGUAUGGAUUUUGUCCCAAUGACAAACAUUAUGCUUGUAUGGUUGAUCUCUUGGCACGUGCUGAUCGAUUCCAAGAGCCUUUUGAGAUUAUGAGAUGUACGCCUUUUGAGCCGACAAAAGCUAUAAUUGGUUCAAAAUCUCAGUGGAAUUUUGAAUUCAGCGUGUUUAUAGCUGGGAAACUAGUUGAGAUGGUACCAGAUAACACUGCCUAUUAUGUUCAGCUGUCAAACCUUCUUUCCAUUUAUUUAGCUGGAAAAAAAGCAUAA